UCGGGCCGGUGUGGAACAAUGACAGAGCGGUCGAGCGAGGAGCUGACGUCGUCGGACCUGGGCACCCUCGAGUUCUGGGAGAGCGCGUACGCGCAAGAGCUCGACAACUUCCGCGACCACGGCGACGUGGGCGAGAUAUGGUUCGGCGCGGCGAACGCACGCAGGGUCGUACGAUGGAUCGCCACGAAAUUGGAUUUGAACAAAGAGAAAGAUAAGAUAAUCGACGUAGGAUGCGGCAACGCGAUGACUCUGGUGGAACUCGCGAAGGAGGGAUUCGCGAACCUGACGGGGGUGGAUUACUCACAGAGAGGAGUGGACUUGGCCCGCGUGGUGCUGAACGAUAACAAUUUGCCGAAUGUAAAGAUAGAGAUCUGCGACAUACUCGACAACGCAUUGCCGCACGAUUUUCAAGUCGUCCAUGACAAGGGCACUUACGACGCUAUUAGCUUAAGUCCGGACGAUCCGGCGGCAAAGCGACAGAAAUAUGUAGAAAAUAUAUACCGUAUCCUUUUGCCAGGUGGAUAUUUCGUCUUGACGUCGUGUAACUGGACCAGAGAAGAAUUGCUCAAGCACUUUACGAGCCAUUUCGAACUCGAUGGUCAACUUCCUACGGAUACGUUCCAGUUCGGUGGGCAGACGGGAAACACUGUAACACAAUUGGUAUUUAGAAAAAAAUUAUGACCACCUCGGGAUAAAUAAAAUAAUUGUUUCUA